AUGUCAAAAGCUGUGUAUGCAAAGAUUUGGAUGAGCACGAGGAAUUUUACCCUUCGAAGGAGAUACGGAUGGUUCAAAGUUUGCUCUCGCCUAAGCCCAUGGUUGUACGUUUGGGGCUUUUAUUGCGUCUCUUUGGUCUUUCCCGCAUUCGACAACGAGUAUAAAAAGCUUUUGACAUUUGGCAUAUGGAAGGAAAAUGAUGUUGGAUAUAAGAAGUGUGCUCCCCCUCCUUAUGAAUAA